AGGAUUUAGGGCAAAUAAAUCAUCCAUCAUCAUUCAUCUCUCUGUCGUAGAAAUCGAACCAUUUGGACUCAAUGACGACGGCGCCAUCGAAUGCCACCACGAUUCAGACAGACGACCAUCCUGCAAAGACCCUAGACCCGCUUCCUGCCGAAGGAGUCUCCAGCGACAAAUCGCCAGCUUCCUCCAUCGAAAAGAAAGACGCUGAUUCCGGAGAAACCAAGUUGAAAACUCAAGAUCCGGUGACGGUGACGCCCGACAAUAGUAAUAGCAACAACGGUGAAAACGGUGCUUCUGUUAACGAUACUCAGAGGAAGAUUCGCCGUGCGGAGCGGUUUGGUAUGCCGGUUCAGCUGUCUGAAGAAGAAAAACGAAAUUCUCGUGCAGAGAGGUUUGGUACUGCACCUGGCUCACAAGGAUCGGAUACCACAAAGAAAGCUGAGGAGCUUAAAAGGAAGGCUAGAGCGGAGAGAUUUGGGAUCACACAAUCGACACCUACAGAGGAAGAUGAUAAGAAGAAGGCUAGACUUUCUAGGUUUGGAUCAGCUUCAGGUGCUACUGAUCCUCUGGAAGAACAGAAAAAGAAAGCAAGGGCCCUAAGGUUUUCAGGAACACAGACGAAUGGCAAUGGAAAAAUUGAACAGAAGGCGACCAUUGCUGGCAAGGCAGGUGGAGAGGCUUGAGGGCCUGCAUUUUGUCUUUUGCAGUCAGAAUUAGUAAUCUUUUGAUCAAGAACAACUCGUAAAGAUACCCAUGACAUGAACCUUUGUUUAUUUUGGAGUUAGAUGGUGCUUCCUUUCAUAUCAGGUGCAGUAAGUAUGAUAAAGCUGGUGUGCCCCGACUUAAUUGAUAGCAAUCUCCUUGGUGUCACCCAAAACUUAAUGAACUGAUAAGGAUAUAAAAAAGUGUUAUAGUUAUGAAAUGGUGAAUUCGUGUUAGAUUGUAGGGACAUGAUAUAACAAGAACUAACUAGUACCUAAGUUGUCUUUGAUUUUUAUUUUUAGUUAUCAUCCAGGCAAUGCUCACUUUUCUAUGUCAUUUCAAUAAAAAAACCGGUAAAUGGCAGUCUAGCAUCAUCAAGUCCAUGAUUUUUGGUGAAAUAUCUCGAAAUGUUUUGCUUACAUCUUCAACAAUGGUGUGGUGCAGUUAAAAACGUAUAUUGAGGAAUCGUUUGGUACAUCUUCAGGUAAAGGUAAAUUUAUAUCAUUUUGUGUAUACCAAGAAUCAUGGAUGAGGUGAUGUUAGGAUGUGGAAUUUACUUACUAGUACAACUUGGAGAAAUAUGUUUUAUGUUGGUCGGAAUCGUUUAUCUAAUAGGAUUGUGAUACUGUAUAAGAAGGGUAGAUGAUGAAGUGAUUGAUUACUUGCAAAAGGGUCCUUUAUGUCGAAUGAAUGUAAGUUUGGGUGGUCGGAGAUUGUUAUUAGUUUUGUUU